AUGAAUCAACCUACUACUCUCUCAGUCAUCACUAUGCCAAUUCCUGGCACUCGUUAUGCUCCUAAGAAGUUCAAGGGAGACUAUACUCGUGUCAGGGAUUUUGUUCUCCACUAUGAGUGCAUCUGUCAUGCAAACAAUGUCACUGCUGACGAUGAAAAAUGCUCAAGCAUUCUCCAAUACUGCUCCACAUAUGUUCGCGAAAUUAUUGAAGGAAUGAAGCACUUCAUUACGCCCUCAUGGAACAGUCUCAAAGACGAAAUUCUCCAGUACUUUGAUGCUGCAAAAGCAGAGGCCAAAUUUAAAGAGCAUCAUCUUAAACAGCUGGUCGAUGCUUCGCACAAGAAGAAAAUGGGCUCUCUGGACGAUUUCAAGAGCUACAUGAGGAAGUAUGUUCGUGUUGGAGGAUGGCUUCUUGCCAAAUCCAAAAUCACUCAGGACGUAUUCAAUCGCUUCUUCUGGAAAGGACUACCCAAAACCCUUCGUCAUCGCGUUGAAAACAGACUUUUACAGAGGGAUCCUACCCUUGAUCUCUCCCAGCCUUUUGUCUUUGAUGAUGUUGUCAAGGCUGUAGAGCAUGUCCUUCGCAGAGAUCGCUUUGAUGAUGAAGAUUUUGACUCUGAUGAUUCGGAUUCAGACUCGGAUUCAGAAAACUCUUCCAGUUCUUCGGACGAUUCUUCUGACUCUGACAAAGAGGAAGAACCACCUCGUUAUAUCAGGAAAACCACCAAGCAGAAGAAAGAAAAAAAGCGCACCUCUGAGACAGAGAAAGAGAGAAAGUUGUUGAGUCCUUCCAAGUCGAAGAAAACCCUUCACUCUUUAGACGAAGAAGAGCACACUGCUGUCAAACAGGAUGAAGUAGAAACCCUUAUCAAGAAGUUGGGUUCUAUGACAAUUGAAGAUCCUAACUAUCCUCUGCUCUACUAUCGUGCUAUCAAACUUGACACUGAUGCUCGACUUAUACUUCGUCUUCCCACUUUCAUGAACCAUAAGCUCGAUUACCUAAUUCACUGGCAUGGUUAUCCAGUCUCCAAACGCACUUGGGAACCCGACACCAAUCUUACACAUGUCGCUAAUUUACUCGCCGCUUUCCACAAAACAAAUCCAGCCGCCCCUCGGAUUAUUACCGCUUCUCUUCACUUCCGUCCUUACGAAAACUACACCGCCACUUCUAAACCUCCAAUGCUUUUUGAUUGGAUUAGUAACAAGUUCCAGAGUGCCACAUCCGGACUCAUGAGGACACGAGUCUUAUAA